GUUUUCCCCUCAAGCAGGGGUGGCGGCUGCAAGGAGCGGGAGAAGCGCAGCAUGCUGAUCAAUGUAAAGCUCAGCUCCCUGCCCACCUGGCCAAGCCCAGGCCUCUGCCGCACAUCCUUCGAAGAGGGCCGAUCAGGGCGUCAGCUAACACUAGUGGUAGUUCAAAACUGGGAGAGCCUGGGUUGGAAGCAAUUGGGGCAUAACUAAGGCUGGCUUGCAAAGCACACUGUCCCCUCAGGUUGAGAAUCUGCUCAUGAUGUCAACCUCCAGUUACAUGCAGGGGAGGAUGUGUGCAAAUGCCGUUCAGAGCCUCGCCCCUGAGGCCAAGCGUUGCAGUUUGUCUGACGGGUUUUUCCAGCAGGAGACACAGCGGCCCGGGUGUCGUCGCCCCGUCCGCUGUUCACUUGCACGAUGGUUGCCGUCGGAACUCAAUUCUAGGAACUGCUUCAAGGCGCAGGGUUUUCAUCAUGCAGGAGCAAGAAAAGCUGGGCGAUUGCGGUGCAAUAAGAAUCAGCCGUGGGCGCCUUCGGGGGGGAUGAUUGGAGCAGUCUCCGGUCUUUCGGAAGUGAGGGUGGCAAAGGAAAGCCGCAAGGGGCGACUACAUGGCUUGAUCGAAAUAUGUGGGUUGAGGCCACAUCAAUUGCAUAGAAACAGGGCCUUGGAGACACUACGGCAGCGCCGUUGCAAUGCUGUUCAGGGGGGCGAUACGCAGGGGAAUCGGGGGGCAACUGAUAGAAACGAAAGCGUGCGGUCUGAGGGCGCUAGCUCAGAGGAGGCAGAGGGGGAAGAAGAGAAGCCUCCAGUGAAGGAAGAGAGCGCCACGGAGAAACUGCUCCGAGAGAUGAGGGAGAAAGCGGAAGAGCAGGCCCGAAAAGACAAGGAGGCAAACCUCUUGUACAAGUACGGCCAGAGAGAGUACGGGCGCGGGGAGUAUGCUAAGGCAGUGGAGGCGCUACAGUCGGCCGUCGAUCUGGUCGCAAAAGGAUCCGCUCUGGGCGGAGAGAUGCAAAUCUGGCUGGCUAUGGCGUUCGAUGCCAAUGGCCAAAGAGCGGACGGGCUAGCGAUGUACCGCAAGCUCGAGGCGACCCACCCCAUGAAAGCAAUCAAGCUGCAAGCGGCUAAUUUGCGGUACAUCAUGGAAGCGCCCCGAUUGAAGAUCUCGAAAGACGAGCGGGUGACCAUCCCGCUUGUGGGAGAGGAAUCGCAAACCGGAAAACCCUCGUUCACGGAACUCUACAAGGAGAAGAGACGAGCGAACUAUAGGAAAACCAGGAAACUCGAGCCAGAUAUCUGGGAUCGCAUCGAGUGGAAGCCCCCUCGAUGGCAGAAAAAUCCCUACGUUUGGGUUGCAUUCACGUUGUGGUUGACAUUGAUUGCCGUUACGAUGGCCUUCGGUGAUUGAUUCCCCGGUUGCAGACAACUGAAACCGUCGCUGAUUCCGGGGUUUUCCUAAUGCUUCGCUUUCAGAAAGACCAAGCAAUUCACGCAGGCGCAUUGCCAAGAUUUAGCCAGUGUUGUUGAUGCAAGAUUUACAACUUGCAUACGAGCAUACCAUGCCACAAUACAUUGUGGCAUAAUGCCACCCCACGCACUAUCAAUUGAGGCCUCGCAGUGAUUGCAUCAUUUCGAUAUCUGUCAUUAGUCCAGAUCAACAAAUCGAACGAACUUAGGUUGUUCCAAGAGGCUUUUGAUAGUGCCUUAGCAGCGUGGAUCAUUAAG